AUGAAUUCGCAGCUGAAACAGUUCAUAUCUACAUGCCAAGUUUGUCAAUCCUUCCAGAGAAACAAUCUGAAAGAAAGUGUGAUGAGUCAUUCUAUUCCUGAUAGACCCUGGUCCAAAAUCUCAGCUGACCCUUUUGAGUUUAAAGGGGAACAUUAUCUAGUAUUGGCUGACUACUACAGCGAUUGGAUCAAAUCUGAUAAGGUGAGAGACCAAACUGCAACUGAAACCAUUGCCCUGCUACUCAAACAAUUGUCACAAUGGGGACUUCCCGAUGAGAUUGUCACUGACUGUGGAAAGAAUUUCGAUUCUAAGGAAUUUUCACAAUUCUGUCAGAGGAAGCAGAUAAAAUACACGAAAUCCUCACCUCCCCAUCAUCAGAGUAAUUACAAAGUGGAAUCAGCAGUGAAGAUCAUCUAUCUUGAGAAAGACUGA